UGCUCUCGUCUUGAUCACAUGACCACAGACUCAUUUUUUCCCUUGUGCAGCAGCAGUGAGCAGAAAUCAGAUGAUUGUCCUGUGUAUCCGAUAUUAAGACUGUAUUUGCGGAAAACAGUUAAACAACUAUCUAAAGAGAAAUAGUCUGCUGGAUCCCUGCGUUUGAAAGGAUAGUGCUGGCACGCAUUGAAGCUAGUCUAGUUGAACUGAAGCGUGACUAAGUAGAUUCUAGCUUGCUGACCGUCCUGCGUUUAGUCGUGUUUGUGUUUUGACUUGCCUUUGAUAGAAACAUGAUACAUCCCAACCGCAAACAACCAGUAUCCCUCGGGAUUCUGUUAAUUGGCCUACUAGCUGCCUUCUUGCACCCGAGUGUCGCCACAGAUGCCCCCCCCACCGCCCCCCCCCUGACAGACCCUGGGAGGCCGGACAGGGGCAACUACACGGUAGUCAAUGGCAACGGAACAGCUUGUCUGAUUGCUCGUAUGGGCCUGCAGCUCAAUGUCAGCUUCAGCUCUGCCACCCUGAAUAAGACUGUGCUGGAUGUGAUGAAUCUACAGCCCAACGUGACCAAGAGCUCAGGGUCAUGUGAGGCCGACAGCGCCACCUUGCUGCUGAUCGCUGAAGAGGAGAAGACCAACCUCACCUUCCUCUUCUCACUGAACACCACAUCCAGUAAGUACCAUCUGAGUGGAGUGACCCUGUCUGCUGUUUGGCCGGAUAUGAGUGAGCCUUUCAGAGCCAGUAACGGCAGUCUGGACUACCUGAGAGCCUCCCUGGGAAGGUCCUACAUGUGUCGGGAAGAGCAGACUCUGGCCGUGGUCCAGGAGUUCUCGCUCAACACCUUCCAGCUGCAGGUGCAGCCUUUUGCCCUCACUGGGGACAUAUUUGGAGAAGCCGAGGAGUGUCAGCUGGACGAGGAUGACAUGCUGAUCCCCAUCAUCGUGGGCGCCGCCCUGGCCGGCCUGGUCCUCGUCGUCCUGGUCGCCUACCUCAUCGGCAGGAAGAGGAGCCAUGCUGGUUACCAGACCAUCUGAGGCACUUCCUGUCACCUGAUGCCCUCCAUGCCAAUAGAGCGCAACACCCCCUUCCCAACCCACCUGUUACGCCCACCGCUACUAACCGCCAUGUAUCAAAGACUGAUUGGUCAAUCCUUCCCCAAGCUCCGCCUCCAGCCUGACUUUAAACCCACUCCCUCAACACUCGCUAACUACUCCCAUUUUGUUUUGUGGUCAAUUAGUGCUUUAAGGACUGAACUGCUCUUUUGUAUGAAAUGGGAAUUGGGUGAUGAUGUUUUAAGAAGUGACGACAUUCUUCAGAUUCCUGCUAGGGGACUGAGCAGGUGGGAGGGUUGGAGUGCCUAUGCCAUCCCAUGGUACAUAAUCACAUGCUGUGUAUAGACUAGUUUAGUAUCUUAUAUUAUGCUUCUGUUUUUGGUUUCUGACCAAUGGGAUUCUGAAGGACUGCCCGCACAAGUCUUGCUGCUGCUUUUACUCAUUUUUAUUAAUUGUUAUUUUUGUGUCUUUUUUUUGUUGUUUGUUUUGGUGGCCAUUGUCGGUCACAUGGUCGAGGAGCUGUUGUUACUCCUGUGUAAAGGGAAUACUAUGACUGGCUGUGGCUGCCAGCCCGUCCCAUCCACAAAGAGUUAAGACUUCCUAAAGGACGCCGUUUGCUAUGUUUGGACUGAACAGUUGCGUCUUUGUGUGUAUAUUUAAUUAUCAACGCUUCAAAGUCAGGUAUGUGUACAGUAAUCAGCCAGAAUGCCUCCCACGCUUCUACAAGGAUCUGUAUUAACUCAUCUCGAAACAGGAGUGCUGGGAUAGGUAGGGUGAAACAGGAGUGCUGGGAUAGGUAGGGUGUAUGUUAGCGUUGUAUGGUAGGGUGUAUGUUAGCGUUCCUUUAUUAGAUCAUAUUGCCGGGUAGAGGACACCCCCUCUAGAUCAGCCCUCUCAUUCCGAGGUGGAGGAAAUAGCAGGCUGACACCCUGAGCUGGGCGACCAUAUGCAGACUGGGUACAGAGGUGUUUGCUGUGGAUAAGGUCCCCAACACGGCAGAGGGACCUCAGGGGAUUAUCUCACUCAUUGACUUCAGUGGGUGGGAGUGUUCAUGCUGUAGAGAGGGCCAUUUCAUGCCUGCUGACUCGCAGAGUGUGGUCAGCAAGGUUGGAGCUUUGUCAUUCCAUUCAGACUGAACUGUGGGAGUAGGCGUUAUGCAUAUUGACAGGGUUCUGUGAGUUUCCUCAUUGGAUUCGCCCAUACUGUGUACGUACUGUCAGUAACCACAGACACAAACUAUAUUAGACAGGGUUAAAAGUGUGUUCGACCCAGGGUACAAGUGAAGGAUGUUUGCUGGAUAACUGGUUUUUCUAAUUGACCAUGGUACAACAUGUUUUUGUAAACAUGACCGGUUAUUUUCCGUUGAGUGACUUAAGCUGCACAAAGAGGAAGUGGUUUCAAUUGUUUAGAUGAACGGUACUUCUACACUGUUUGGAUUUAGUGAUCGUAGUAACAUGGUAUUGAGACGAGGGCUGUUUGAGGAAGAUUCUUGGUUCUCCUAACCUGAUAGACUAAGCUGAAUGUACAUGUCCACUAUAUGCCCAUCUGUUAUACCAGGACCCCUUUCCCCCUCUUCCUAAAAAGCCAACAUUUAACUUCCCUCCAUGCCAAAUGUGAUCCGUGCCCACCUCCCCUCAAGUUUGACACGUGUCACGGGGAUUGUCAUGUUCCUGAAUCCUACACUCCCAAUCCUGUUUCCCUCCUGGACGCUGUGUUCAGCUGAGCCAGGGACGUUUGGUGAAUAGAUUUGCCUGAGCAUUUGACUUGAUAAUAGAAGAUGCUUUAUUAGGAGUGAAAAGGGGAAGUGUAAAAAAAAAAUAACUAAACACAAACAUUCUGCCCCACAUAUAGAAAUGUUGAUGUCCAUUGCUAACAAUUAAUAGGGUUUUAAUUUAUUUUUACUUUUAACAGGCUGAAAUGAAUAAAGUGAAAAGAAAAAAUCCUA